AAUUGGAAAUGCAAACGGGAGCAAAUUUUCUUCGGUAAAUGACGCGGAUGACGGAGUGCAGUUUUUCAAACAAUUACGGCCGUAUUAACAAUAAUAAUACAAUUUAAUGUUUUAUAAUAAAAACAACGACUUUUAAAAAUUUAGCUUGAACAUUUUGUGUUGAGUGAUAACCCAAAAAGUGCAUUAAAUAAAAGGUUUAAAGGAAAUCGAAAGCAACAAAGAGGAAACAGAAAAAAAGUCCAAAAGUUAUCGAAAACUACUACGAAAGGUGGUGUAAGAUACUAUGAUACUUCUUAAACCCAAAAUAAAACAAACAGGGUUUUAAGUUCGUUAUGCUUUAAAAAACCAACCUACUCCCAUUCAAAAGUAAAAACAAGCAACAACAAUCGGAAAUUAAAAACUCCAAAAAGAGAGCAAAUUUCAAUUUUUUUGUUUUGUGAUUAACGGCUACAAAUUCGACUUUUAUAAGAAAUCAAAUAGACAAACAAAGAAACAAAUAAAUAGAUAUUGUGAGCUUACAUUAAAAACCAAACAAACAAACAAAUUUUCGCAUGAAUACAACAACAGUGUCCAGAGAGCGAGAGCGUGAUCAUCAUCGCGGUGAGAGUGCCGACUCAUCGACAUCAGCUGCGGCAGCAUUUACUUCACAAACAUCAUCCUCUGCAGCAGCAGCGGCGGCGGCAGCGGCGUCCAGUGGCAACAGCAAUACCGCUGCCACAACCAUGACCGGUAGCAUAGGCAGUGGCGGAGUGGUGGGCGUUACACCAUUUCGUGGCUUUCGCAGUCAAUCGCCUUCACAUCGACGCAGUCGUGAUCGCAAUCGCACGCAUGCGCGUACUCAUGGCUCCGAUCAAGGUGGCCUCUUGGCCUAUGGAGCCAUAGGUGGUGGUAUACCUCUGGGAGGUGUUGGUUUGGUGGGUGGUGAUUUGACUAAUAUGGAUAUAGGUUUAAGUAGUGCCGGUGUUACGGGUGGUGCCAUAGACGAUACACGGCUGUCAGGCAAUGAGGAUAUUUGCUAUCAAUCUUUUGCCUCGGACGAUUUGGAUGCUGCCGGCGGCCAUUUGGAUGGUAGCAGUAAGAAACACCAUCGUCGUCACGAAAGAACCUCCAGUAUACAAGCAUUAGAUCGAUUAAAUACUAAAAUACAAUGUACAAAGGAGUCUAUACGAAAAGAACAAACUUCCCGAGAUGAUAAUGUGAAUGAAUAUUUAAAACUAGCCGCCAGUGCGGACAAACAACAACUGAUACGAAUAAAGGCCGUUUUUGAGAAAAAGAAUCAAAAAAGCGCACACUCAAUAUCUCAACUGCAAAAGAAAUUGGACAACUAUACGAAACGAGUGAAAGACCUGCAAAAUCAACAAUAUCAAAAUAAAUCACAACACCGACAACCACGUGAAGUUCUCAGAGACGUGGGCCAAGGAUUAAGAAAUGUUGGCGGCAAUGUGCGUGACGGCAUUAGCGGAUUUUCGGCGUCUGUAAUGGCCAAGCCCCGCGAGUUCGCCCACUUGAUAAAGAACAAAUUUGGCAGUGCGGAUAAUAUAAAUCAAAUGACGGAAGCCGAAUUGAACAACUUAAAUUUGCCUGCGAAUCAAGAUAUGUUUGGCAGUUCGACGCCCAACAACGCUAUGCCAACUGCAUCUACUGGAUCUGGAGGUGGUAACAUGAUUAAUGCCGGUGGUGCUGGCAGCGGUAAAUUCAAUAGUGAAAAUGGCAGCGAAUGCAGCAGUGUCACCAGUGAGAGUAUGCCAGCCGGCUCUGGAAAAAGUCAAUCGGGUGCCAGUCAAUAUCAUAUUGUCUUAAAAUCUCUAUUAACCGAAUUGGCUGAACGUAAGGCUGAAAUAGAAAAACUAACAGAACGUGUGGAACGUUUAGAGAAAGCUCAAAAUAAUUUUAAUAAUUUAACAUCAACUUUCGAAACUGAAAGAUAUCGAGCCGAAGGCUUGGAGGAACAAAUCAAUGACUUAACGGAACUGCAUCAGAAUGAAAUUGAAAACCUUAAACAAACCAUUGCCGACAUGGAAGAAAAAGUUCAAUACCAAAGCGAUGAACGUCUGCAGGAUGUUAAUGAAGUUUUAGAAAAUUGCCAAACAAGAAUUUCGAAAAUGGAACACCUAUCCCAACAACAAUACGUCACCGUCGAAGGUAUUGACAAUUCGAAUGCCCGCGCCCUAGUUGUGAAAUUAAUCAAUGUUGUGCUGACCAUACUGCAGGUGGUACUACUGCUGGUGGCCACAGCGGCGGGCAUUAUAAUGCCAUUUUUGAAAACAAGAGUGCGCGUUCUUACCACAUUCUUAUCGAUAUUCAUUAUAAUUUGUGUGAUACGUCAAUGGCCUGAUGUUCAGGACAUUGGCGCCGGUUUAAUGCGUCAUUUAAAGCAGUCUUUGGUUGUUAAAUAAAUAAAUA